AUGGACAAGCACACGAGAUUUAUGACCCGUGUGAUGAACAGGCAUCAUCUCCAAUUAUUCUACAGUAUCUACAAUGAGCAUUUUGCAUUGACUCCAUGCUCGUGUAUUCAUGCCGCUUGGAGGUUGGCUUUCUUAAACCCAUCUGCAUUCAUCGCGCAGGCAGCCCUACUAUCACAAUAUUGCUGGGAUCUCUUAUUUUCUAGCCUAGAACUCGCUAUUCCCGCGGUUUAUAACGGAUGGCUUCGGGCGGAAAAAAGGGAACUUCUUUCCCCGUUCCCUGCGAGUUUUCGCCCCAUGCUUAUGGGGGAGGUAUCGCUCGCAUGCGCCACUGGUACAACUACAGGCAAGAGACCUACCACAUACAUCAUGCUGAUAUGGUUCCGCAAUGGAUUUGAGAAUACAUUUAAUCCAAGUCGCCAUGCCUGUCGACGCUUAACACGUGGUAAUCAGAGUGAGGAACGGAAAGAGAAAAAUUAUUUCAACUCGCAGGGACAUCUUCACGCUGAGGGCUGUGCUAUGUCCUGCGCCACAAUCACUGUGGCUGAGAACAAUUUUUCACGAUCAGAAGAUGCAUGCAAAUAG